AUGUUGAGUCGAGUCGUCUUACGGUCGUUGCGUUGUCAGAGCACUGCAGCUUCGUCCUCAACCAGCUCGAGCAGCGUGGUCGGCAAUGGAUUCCGGACCUAUCCAGUUAACGAUGACGUUUAUGGACUCACUGAUGAACAGAAGAUGGUAAGUCAGGAGUCAUUGAGUUUGUAAUGGUAAACAAGUGCGCGAUCAUGAAAUUUGGAAAUGGUCUUGGCGCUGUAGCUCUCGUUUUAAAAAAUUUUUCAUAGUAAUUUAGUCAUCAUUUUGUAGUAGUAAUUAAAUUGAGUUAAAAUUAAGUUUACUUUGCCUUGUUUUCAAUCUCUUUAUUAACAAAAAAAGCUUCUUUCAGCUGCGUGAGACCGUUUUCAACCUAGCUCAACGAGAAUUGGCCCCGUUUGCCAAUGAAAUCGACAAGCAAAACAACUUCGCAGACCUCCGUCAAUUCUGGAGAAAACUCGGAGAUGCCGGACUGCUCGGAGUCACAGCACCCGCGGAGUAUGGUGGAUCGGAAAUGACCUACUUUGACCAUGUUAUUGCCAUGGAAGAACUGUCACGAGCCAGUGGAUCUAUUGCUUUGAGCUAUGGCGCCCAUUCAAACCUCUGUGUAAAUCAAAUUGUGAGGCAUGGAACGCACGAACAGAAGGCUAAAUAUUUGCCCAAGGUAAAAUUUAGUUAUUGGGAGAUAAUCUAGUCUGAUUUUGCUCGAUGAUUUUUAAAAUUUGGCGACAUUUUUACCUUUUGCAAUAUAAUUUUAGUUAAUCAGCGGCGAACAUAUUGGAAGUUUGGCCAUGUCCGAAUCCAACGCCGGCUCCGAUGUGGUCUCAAUGCAGCUGAGAGCCGACAAAAAGGGCGAUCAUUACGUUUUGAAUGGAAACAAGUUCUGGAUUACCAAUGGCCCCGACGCCGACACUUAUGUUGUCUAUGCCAAGACUGAUGUCACCAAAAAAUCUCAUGGAAUCACUGCCUUUAUUGUUGAAAGGGUGAGUGAACAGAGGAUUGAGGGUUUACCGAGUUGGUUUAGAAUUGGAAAGGCUUCAGUCGAGGAGAAAAGCUGGAUAAAUUGGGAAUGAGAGGCUCCAAUACCUGCGAAUUGAUCUUCGACAACGUGGAAGUCCCCGUGGAGAACAUUCUUGGCAAAGAAAAUGAAGGAGUUUAUGUGCUGAUGACCGGGCUUGAUGUGGAACGCCUAGUCCUGUCUGGAGGACCAUUGGGAAUCAUGCAAAGUGCCUGUGAUAUUGCCUUUGAUUAUGCCCAUCAAAGAACUGCUUUUGGCAGCAAAAUCGGAACUUUCCAAUUACUCCAAGGAAAGCUCGCGGAUAUGUACUCGACCCUCUCGGCAUGCAGAAGUUAUCUGUAUACGAUUGCGAGAUCAACUACGGCCGGGAAAGUCACCAGCAAAGAUUGUGCGGGAGUUAUUUUAUACACCUCGGAAAAGGCGACACAAGUCGCGUUGGAUGCCAUUCAAGUGCUUGGAGGCAAUGGUUAUAUUAAUGAUUACCCGACUGGGAGAUUGCUGAGGGACGCCAAGUUGUAUGAGAUUGGAGCUGGAACCUCGGAAGUCCGAAGAUUGGUCAUCGGAAGAGCCCUCAACAAAGAAUACUCAUAG